AAUAAAUAUUUGUCCUUGUUUGGCAGCCAAGGGGUUAACAUAUUUACUUCCAUUAAUCCUUCUCUUAGUACCCUAAUGUGGUGCUUAAGUAAUCCUAUUACUGUCUUAAACUGAAGGCUGAUGGCAAUCUUUAGACGCCACAACAGCAGUCAUUAAAUCAUUAUAAAAAUCCUCUUUUACCUUAAGGCUGUAGGAACGGGACCUACUUUGUAAAUGAAGGUUAACAUACAAAAUGAAAAAGACAUAGAAGUGUUGCAUUUGCACGCCUGAAUUUAGCUGAACUCAAAUGAAGACUUUUUGGGACCCUCUUAAUUAGCAGGAAAUCUGUCAUUUUUCGGUCAUGAAGCAACGAGGCGUUAGAAGCACUAGCCUUUCUGCCAAUUUAAAGCUUGGAGAGUGCAAUCAGAUACAUUCUUCUGUAAGUGGUUACUGCAUUCCUUUUGGACAAACAAGUCUAGUUAAAAAAUGGAGCUCAAUGGAAGAUUUAGCCAGUGCUACUGACUAUUCUCCGAUGCCAAAAAGGAUAAAUCUGUCCUUUCUCAACUUAAAUGUUGGAGGGAAACAAUUCCAGAUUGACUAUCGUGUUGCAGCCCGGUACCCAUCCACAAGGCUUGGAAAAUUAGCUGCUUGUAGUGAUCUAGUAAAGAGACUAGAUUUCUGUGAUGACUUUUCUGUCCAGAUGAAUGAGUAUUUCUUUGAUCGGGAUCCUGUUGUCUUCUACUAUAUAUUUCAUUUCUAUCGUUGUGGCGUUCUGUGGAUAAUGGAUGAACUUUGUCCACAUAACUUUCUUGAGGAAAUAGAAUACUGGGGACUUCACUUAAAGUAUACCCAAAGGUGCUGCCAUAUCCUCUUUGAAGAACAUCAAGAUGAGAUCAUGGAAUAUAUUAAAACCGAGCGGGAUCUGCAAGCCGAGGUUGAACGUCAUGACGAGAAACAUUUUGAAGGCAAGUGGCUUGGAGACUUUAAAUUGAAAAUGUGGAAUUUGGUUGAAAACCCGUACUCAUCUGUCCAAGCAAAAAUGAUAGCUGUCUUUUCCAGUAUUUUUGUUUUGAUUUCUAUUGUAGCAAUGUCGCUGAGCACAAUGGAAGAACUUCAAGACAUGAGUAUAAAUGGAAAACCAUACAUGGAAUAUGUAGAAACUAUUUGCAUUAUAUUUUUUACCACUGAAUAUCUCAUAAAGCUUUUUUCCACACCAGACAUUAAAAGGUUUCUAAGGACCGCCAUGAAUAUUGUUGACCUUGUUGCAAUCCUGCCAUUUUAUAUUCAGAUUAUCUUUGAGAGUUUUGCAGAAGAUGUAGACAUACAUCUGCAUCAUGAUGAUAUAGAGAAGAUGGAAAGUGUGGGACAAGUGGGAAAGAUGCUAAAAAUUAUUCGACUCAUGCGUAUAUUUAGGAUUCUAAAGCUGGCUCGUCAUUCUACUGGACUGAGAGCUUUUGGCUUUACUAUUCGACAAUGUUAUCAACAAGUUUGCUGUCUGUUCCUGUUUAUUGCUAUGGGGAUAUUCACAUUUUCAGCACUCAUGCAUUCUGUAGAACAUGAUGUACCAGGGACCAAUUUUACCAGCAUCCCUUGCACCUGGUGGUGGGCAGCGGUCAGCAUUUCUACUGUUGGAUAUGGUGAUACAGUUCCAGACUCUUUCUUGGGCCGGAUUGUAGCCUUUCUCUGCAUAUCUUUUGGCAUUAUUCUAAAUGGCAUGCCGAUUUCCAUAUUAUAUAACAGGUUCUCAGACUUCUAUACCAAGCUUAAAGCUCAUGAAACUUCGAGUACUGUGAAAGUUGGCACUAAAAUCAGGUUUAAGGAAAGGGUUAUAAACAAAGUUAUUGCCUGUUGCAAACCACAAAAUACCUAAACAAAAGGACUACUACAAAAAAACCUGUCCUGUGUUUUAAAGGGCAAAUUAACCUUUUUGUAAACGGUCACCCCCACUGAAAAACUUGUGUUUGCAGAAUGAUAAACAUUAAAUUACAUUUCUAGUGGUUUUCCCUUUUUUGGAAAUGGAAUUACAAUUGCAAGACAUACUGUAUGUCAUUUCACUCUAAUUAGCUUUUGCUUUUCUGCUAUUUUUUUGGUGAAAUGGACCAGUUUUGCGCAUUAAGGCCACUAUUUCACUGCAUUACAGCACAGGAAAAUGCAGACAUGUAUUUCCAAUGAGAUCAUACUCAUUGUGGAGCAGGCUAUUGCAGAAUGCAGGUGGAACACAAGGGAUCCAAAAUGCAGAGUACACCUACAAAUGUUUGGGCCAUAUCGAUGCUUCCUUAAACACAUUGGGGCUCAUUUAUCAACACUGGGCAAAUUUGCCCAUGGGCAGUUAGCUAUAGCAACCAAUCAGU